AGAGUGGUGAUGGACAGAGGGAUGCUCUGCACCAUGCCUUGAGGCGCAGGAAAUGCCUGUUACACAGACUAAGGGAGCAGCAGGCGAUGGCGAGCCCGUGGCCUCACACAUGGGGAGGGACCCGCCGACAUUACCUGGAGCCCCUCCAGCAGCCGGCGCCGAUCCACCUGUAUCAGCCCAUGCCAGCUGAGGCUCCACGUGUCAUCCAGCACACACUCCCGCUGCAGCCAGCAGCCAUCGUGCAGCAGCUCCCACAACCUCAGCCACUCAUCACCCAGCUGCUGCCCCCCCACCCCCCCAUCCGCUCCGGCAGCAUCAAAGAUGACAUGGUGGAGUUGAUGCUGAUGCAGAACGCUCAGAUGCACCAGAUAAUUAUGCACAACAUGAUGCUGAAAGCCUUGCCUCCAACGGCCUUCUCUCCAGCCCUGGCCCCCGCUGCAGUGACCCCUGCACAGGUAGGAACCCUCCUGAAUCCUUUUGCUCUCCCAAUGGCCCUUGUCUCUCCUUGAUCUCUCUCCACCACUCCCCCCAC